AGAAGUAAAGGAGAGACGCAACCCGGAACUGUGUGUGAAUUAAGCAGACUGACAAUGGAGGACUUGAGGAGCGUUUGUCUUUUCAUCUAGCUGGACGGACGCGCGGUGGUUGCAAGACAGCCAUGGAAGCGGUGCAGUUCGGUUGAUUGUGUGACGGAGCUGCGGACGCACCAUGAUCCCCGUGCCCCUGCUGGUGUGCGUCCUGGCCGGCUGGUGCGCCGUGUACCUAGCGGACACACUGCUCCGCUCGUCGCCGACUCAUCGAAUCGGCUACGAGUCGUGGCUGGCCAGGCGAGGGUUGACGCUGUCCCCGUUCCACAUCAGAUGGCAGACGACCAUUUUCAACCGACUGUUUGCGUACUGUGCGCGCAUUCAUCCGCGAGCGCUCUACGUCUGGUUCAACAGCGGCCUGGUGUUCGGUGUGGCGGCCAUGUUGGCGUCGGCGGUGCUGCUGGUGAAGACGCUCCAGGGGACCCUCGCUCAGAUGACCACAGACAAUCCACGCAUGGGAGCCCAGCAGGCCCUGCAGGUGGUGGUUCCUGGUGUCAACCUACCCACGAGUCACCUGGCGUACUUCUUCCUCGCGCUGUUGCUCAGCGGCAUCAUACACGAGCUGGGCCACGCGGUGGCGGCAUUGAGGGAGCAGGUGCGCGUCAACGGUUUUGGCGUGUUUAUGUUCGUGGUGUAUCCCGGCGCCUUCGUGGACCUCUUCACGACGCACCUCAACAUCGUGUCGCCCGCCCAGCAGCUGCGCAUCUUCUGUGCAGGAGUGUGGCAUAAUUUUGUGUUGUGCAUAGUGGCCCUGGCAUUGCUCUUCCUCUUGCCAGUCUUCCUGUUCCCGUUGUACUCCAGCGGCGGCGGGGCGCUGGUCAGUCAGGUGGCGCAGGGCUCGGCGGCCGACGGGCCCCGGGGCCUCUCGGCGGGGGACAUCGUGACGGGCCUGGAGGAGUGUGACGUCGCGGGGGUGGAUGACUGGAACAGCUGCCUGUCUCGGCUCGCCCACGCGCCGCAGACGGGCUACUGCGUGCCGACUGCCGGCCUGCGGCCCAGCUGGGCCCACGGACGAGCGUUCAACCGGCUGGACGGGACGUUGGACUGCUGCAGCAACAACAGCCUGACGGACCUUUGCUUCUCUUACAUGAAAGGGCCCGCUGCUGAGAGAGAGUACGCCUGCAUGCCUGUGCGCAAAAUGGUGACGGGCACGCGGGUGUGCCACAGCGACCGUGACUGCGACGCUCACACCGGCCUGGGCGGCGGCGUCUGCGUUACGCCCUCCCUGCAGAACCAGACCCGCUUCAUCCGGGUGGCCCACCCCCCCGCCGCUCCCAUGCUCUUCGUGGGGUACCCUCCGCAUCUCCAGCACGCCGUGAGUCUGACCAACUUUGUGCCCCGGUUUGGUUUCCUCCACUUGGACCUACCCAUCUUUUUGGAGACAUUCUGCAAGUACGUGUUUUCCCUGUCAGGCGCCUUGGCGGUCGUUAACUCGGUGCCGUGCUUUGCUCUGGACGGCCAGUGGAUGCUGAACGCCUUGCUGGAGGUGGCGCUGGCUGGCGCCGUGCCGGACCGACGCAAGCGUGAACUGUUAGGCUUCUUCCUGCUGCUGGCCGGCAGCGCCCUGCUGGCCGCCAACGUGGCGCUGGGCCUGUGGAUGGUGACGGCGCGCUAAGUCCAAAACCGGGGAAGGGAGCACGUGAUGCCCCCCCCCCCAGGUUUGCCUUUGAAACUCUAACUCAUCCGCACAGGACCAACAAAUGGUUUGCUUGAAAGAACCAGCACGUCUAGUGAGGAUGACAAUUUCAUUUUUUGGCUUUUUUUUUUUUUACUGGAAGCAAGGAGGUCCAUCGUGGCUGUUCAGUGACAUUUUUAUUUUCAAAUUUCUUUUCAUCUUGGUUGGAUCCAGAUCGGAAGCAUUUCACAUGUAUAAUACGUUACAAAAUCUCAUCAAAUCGUUCCCACCGAGUGAGCGGGUUGGAAUUCUUUCUGGCCCUGCUUUGAUUCUCAAGUGAAAAGCACCUCAGCGGAAGUGUGCGCCCGUCCGAGUGUGUGUCCGUCUUCAAAGCUUUCAAUAAAGUGCUGCCGGCCGUCGUGAUGCCAAAGGGACGACAAA